CCGUUCUCCUCAGAGGUCGGUCGUCGUCCUCCGCGCUCCCUCCAUACCUUCCUCACGGCCCUUCACCGUCCCUCAGGCCAUGGCCGCCUACAAACUGGUGCUCAUCCGCCACGGGGAGAGCGCCUGGAACCUGGAGAACCGGUUCAGCGGCUGGUACGACGCCGACCUCAGCCCCGCCGGCCACGACGAAGCCAAGAGGGGCGGCCAGGCGCUAAGAGAUGCCGGCUAUGAGUUCGACAUCUGCUUCACCUCGGUGCAGAAGAGAGCCAUCCGCACCCUCUGGACGGUGCUCGAUGCCAUCGACCAGAUGUGGCUCCCCGUGGUGAGGACCUGGCGCCUCAACGAGCGCCACUACGGGGGCCUGACAGGCCUCAACAAGGCGGAGACGGCCGCCAAACACGGCGAGGCCCAGGUGAAGAUCUGGCGCCGCUCCUACGACAUCCCGCCGCCUCCCAUGGAGGCCGACCACCCCUUCUACAGUAACAUCAGUAAGGAUCGUCGUUACGCAGACCUCACCGAGGACCAGCUGCCCUCCUGCGAGAGCCUGAAGGAUACGAUCGCUCGGUCUCUGCCCUUCUGGAAUGAGGAGAUCGUCCCUCAGAUUAAGGAGGGCAAGCGAGUGCUGGUCGCUGCCCAUGGCAACAGUCUGCGGGGGAUUGUCAAGCAUCUGGAAGGCCUGUCAGAGGAAGCCAUCAUGGAGCUGAAUCUGCCCACGGGCAUCCCCAUCGUCUACGAGCUGGACAAGAACCUGAAGCCCAUCAAGCCCAUGCAGUUCCUGGGGGACGAAGAGACUGUGCGCAAAGCCAUGGAGGCCGUGGCUGCCCAGGGCAAGGCCAAGAAGUGAAGGCCUCAAGAAGGCAGGCUACUGGCCCAAGCGAGUAGUAGCCGGCCCUUACCCCCGUCCCUUCCCCGUCUGUUCCCCCCAACUCACCCCUCCACUCACUGACCACGGCCAUAGGGAUCGUGAGACACAGCUGCAGGAGAGGGAUGGAGGGCCCCCCUCGUCCCCGCUUCCUUUCCUUCGGCCCCAUUCCAGAGCCCCUCCCCGACUCGGUUCCUCCCGCCACAUUCGCCAGAAGGUGAGCGCCAGGGCUGGUGUCCUCCGUCAGGGGCUCGGAGGCCAAGAGGAGUAAUGGGGAGAAGUGCCCAGUUUAGGGGAGCAAAGUCACUGGCGCCCAAAUCAUUCCCAAGAGCCAACCCGGCUACGCGGCCCUCUCGUCCUCCCCUCCCGAGCACCGUCCUCCCACGGAGCUCUAGUCAUUCCAGUUGAAAACGUUGCCGCCGGCAACCCGGAUGCAAACUUCCGGAACCAGGUUCGGUCUUACUUGGAUCGCGCCUCCAUCCCAAAUCUGCCGGGAGGACACUGGGAUCAGUCUGAUGUUUACCUGUUGCACUUGAACAAGAGGCCCUUCCUCCUCCCUCCCCUUCCUUCCUUCGAGAGAGUGAGAGGCUCUCGAAGUGAAACUGCCCCAUUCUCUGGUUACUAGUGAUCUCCAGUCAUCCCCAUCCUGAAUAAGAGGGGGGCCUUCCUUAUUUCUGAGGGUCCAGAGAGCUCUUUAAUCUAGAAUCCCUCACUUGCUGGUCUACGCUAGUGAAUCACCUCUUGAGACGGUCUGCGUUGCCUGUGUCUUUCACUGUGUCCCAUUUCCAGUCCAUUGUGAUCCCAGCUGCCUGGCUCUGCCCUCCGGGCACCGCACUCAGUUUUAGUAAACUGUACUAGGGUAGUUUUUUGGUUGGAUUUUUUGUUUUUUUUCGGUUCAGUACAAUAAAGGAGUGAUGUGCAAUACUU